CGGAAGACGCCAUUGGCGGACCGCUAUAAAUUGCGGCGGGCUUGAGCUUGGCCCUUCCUCGUCUCCCUCUCGUCUCCGACGGAAGGGCGGCACCCGCCGGCGGUCUUCCAUGCCAAAUGUUGGGAUGCAGGCUGAAACCCGAAGGCUUCAAGACCCCAAUAAAUGGUUGGGACAUCGUUUGGUUGUCGAUGCGUACCUCAUCGAGUGUCUCCGGACUUGAAUUGCUUUCCUGGAGUAGACUGACAUUAAGGAUGUGGAUUUUGCAGCUUCUCUAGCUCUCGAGAUGUCGUAUUAGAUCUCUUCACAGACUAUACCAGCUCGGUUUUCCCGUUUGCUUCUCCUGAUUGUUCAAGGCCACAUAGUACUAAUUCGUCGUCAUGGGUACCUGUAUGUCAACAUCGAACAGAAGAUCUAGGUCACGGAAGUAUUCUAUUCGGUGGAGAAAAUGCCGUGGAAAGAUUUCAGCAUCAGUUCCUGAUGCACCCGCAACUAGGAAAUGCGAUAUAGCAAAUCAUCUUCCUCACAGUCACUUCGUUCAUGUUAAGACUGCUGCAACAACUCGCCGGAAAUCUGAGGUUUCAAAUCUCGCGUUUCAUCUUACUCAGUUGCAAUGGCAUCACAGUCAGAUGGAGAAAAAUGGGUUAUGCCCAGAAGAAGUAUGGUUUGACUCUGUCAGUGUUUUAGAAUCUGAAUCUGAUGAUGACUUUAGUAGUGUUAGUGGAGAUUGUCUUCCCUCGGUAAACGGUACGAUUGGGACCCAAAUGCUGCAGCAUGAAAAUGCUUCGCUCGUAGUGGAUGAGGCAUGCAAGUUUGAGGAAUUUCACGACAGCACAUCAAUCUCUUUGGGAUUUGAACAGCACACUGAAGCAGAUGGAAUCAGAAGUUCUAAGCUCUCAAGCAAAGAUGAGUUUGAAGAUACAGAUAGACUCAAGAUUAUUAACCCGCAAGGCUCUGAAUCUCAGUUGGAAAAGGUUAAUGAAGGAAAGCUUAGGAACCAGAUCGAAAGUUCCAGCAAAGUGAAAAAGGUCUUAGAGGAUAUACGUGGUAGCUUUAAAGGCUUGAAAGAAAUAAUACACGACACAGAGGAAAAAUUUCGUGAAAGCACAUUGAAGCAGUUGACUUCAUCUUGUGCACCUCAGUUGGUUCCUUCGAUUAGCUUUAACGAUAAAGAAAAACAGUUUCCUAGUGCUAGCCCACAGUGUCUGAAAAGGAGGUCGGCAGUGAUCAGGCUUUCAUUUAAGAGAAGAUCAAAAGAUGCUACUGAAUUCUGUGCUUCCAAGAAAUGCCUAUAUCGUCCAAUGGCAGGACUAUCAGUUCCAUGCUCAACUGGAGAAAAGCCAUUGCAAGGAUGCUGGUCAAUUCUUGAGCCAUCGUCCUUUAAGCUUCGUGGGGAGAGCUACUUCAGAGACAAGAAAAAAUCCCCUGCUCCACGACAGACUCCAUACACUCCGAUUGGUGUCGAUUUGUUUUUGUGCCCACGUAAAGUGAACCACAUUGCUCAGCACAUUGAGCUUCCUUCUACGAAGGCGCACGAGAAAGUUCCCUCCCUGCUAAUUGUCAACAUCCAGCUCCCGACUUAUCCUGCUGCUAUAUUUCUUGGUGAUAGCGAUGGGGAAGGGAUGAGCCUUGUACUAUACUUCAAGGUAUCAGACAAUUUUGACAAAGAGAUUUCUACCCAAUUUCAGGAUAGCAUUAGGCGACUAGUAGACGAUGAAGUAGAAAAGGUUAAAGGGUUUGCAAUGGACUCAACCAUUCCCUAUAGAGAAAGACUUAAGAUACUUGCUGGAUUAGCAAAUCCCGAGGAUCUACACUUGAAUAGUGCAGAAAAGAAGCUUGUGCAGGCUUACAAUGAAAAGCCAGUGCUUUCACGCCCUCAACACAAUUUUUACCAGGGUUCGAAUUACUUUGAAAUUGACCUGGAUGUUCACCGCUUUAGCUACCUAUCGAGAAAGGGAUUCGAAGCAUUUAGAGAGCGAUUGAAGCAUGGAAUUCUUCAUCUGGGUUUAACCAUCCAGGCACAGAAGCAGGAGGAGCUACCAGAGCAUGUCCUCUGCUGUGUGAGGUUAAACAGGAUCGAUUUCGUGGACAUCGGGCAGAUGCCAGCACUCAUGACGGUUGACCAUGACAUGUAGGAGCCGAUUAAGCUGUGCCAAAACUUGUAUAAUUGGUCAAUUACAAUUGAUCCACAGCAGACAUUUUGAAGAAGGAUGAUAGUUUCAGCAGGCCUUUGAUUCAUUCAGAUUGGCUGUGGCAUAUGUUCUCUACAAUCACAUUGAGAUGAGAACUGAGCUAAAAAUGCACUUAAAAUUAGUCAGGGAUGUAGGAUAAGAAAACCCGAAAGGGAGUGUUUUUUAUAAGAUUAUCUCUGUUGAAACUAGAAAAUUUCAUCCUUAUGAUGUACAUAUGGUCUGAACUGCAACUUUUUUCUUUCUUUUUCUUUUGUUCUGGAAAGAGGAGAUUAACUCUCAGUUCUAGUAUCUUUUUUUUCAUGUCCA